AUGAUUGUGACAUGGUUCAUUCUUGCAUGCCUCUAUGCUGGCGGACAGUGUGACUACUUCAAUGAUACUACUACUGGAUGUUCGUCGAAAUGUUCUGUGACUUCCAAUAAGGAUCUCUCCUGUUUCAAUAGAACACUUGACUAUUUCGAACGCACACUAUUCGGAAUUAUGAGGAACUACGUUGCUUCUCAGCUCAAUCUGGCAUCACGCCCUGCAAAUCACGUCCCUCUGUCACAGCAACAGAUGGUGUCCACAACACUUGAUGUGAUGGAAACAGUACAACCUGUCAACAUUGAGGAUGAAAAGGGGUUGCUUACGGUCGAUGGUGCCAGACCGAUAGUUGAAGCACUCGUGAAUAAUAUCAUGGGCAAACCUCGCGCUAUGAACAACUACGUGUGUCCGCAUGGGUGCGAAAAGUCAAGUGCUCCUUGGCUUUGGUAUUUCAUUGCCUCGGUUGUAAUCAACUUCUUUUUAGCAGCAUUCGGAAUUUUUGGAGUAAUGCAGAGUUACCGGAAAACCAAGAAAAUGCUGAAACACGUCCAAAAAGGCCCACCGAACACGAUAAAAGCUGGAAAGCAAAAUUGA